UUGCGAUUAAGAGAGGCGCUUGGCAGUAUAAACCGGGCACAGUGUGGUUCGGACCGUUUCUUAUCAUGUUCCCGGUGUUCUUGUUACUUUUACUGUUUUCAGCAUUACUACGUGAAUACAACCAGAACGGCGUGGACAUAGUCUGUCGUGAUGAAAAUGGGAAUGCUGUUGACUGGUACUACCUCUACAAGCUCCCGAAGGAUUAUUCCAAAUACGAGUCCGAGAAUGGAAAAUCAAAUGGUCUCAGGUACCUCUACAUCUCAUCUGCUACUGCUAGCUUAGGUUGGAAGUUAUCUGAACGUACAAUCGAUGAUGCAACCAGUUUCCCGGGAAGAACCCUAUCAAACUUGCUCAAUAAUCCAGAUAUCGUUUUCAUCGCCUACAACGAUGAGCCACCCCAGAGCCCAGUAGAUUUCGAAAAUGGCCACACGAAAGGAGUCAUAGGGGCUGACUCGAAAUCAGGAAUUUGGCUGAUACACUCCGUGCCGAAGUAUCCUGAUAUCAGCGCUUAUAACUAUCCUCAAACGGGAGCGCAUUACGGACAAAGCUUCCUCUGUCUCUCUUUCAACGCUAGUCAGAUAGAUUUGGUUGGGAAGCAACAAAUUUUCAAUGAACCAAACAUUUACCACUCACAAAUCCCUGAUGGCCUGCGCGAGGCGUUUCCAAAUUUAGUGAAGGCUGUGAAUCAAGAGUGGCAGAAAGAAGCCCCUUACUGGAAUUACGAGACAUUAGAAACGCGGGGAAGGGUCAAAUUCGCUUCGUUCGCCAAGGGCAGAAAGUUUCGAAAGGAGCUGUACGAGGAUUGGGUAGCACCGACCCUAGGUGCUGGUUUACUUGUGGAAAGCUGGAGACACGGACCAGGUGUUUUACCCUCCAACUGCACUCGAAAACAGCAUGUAUCAAACGUGGAAUGGAUUGAACACUCCACCCUUAGCAUCAAUUUUCCAUCAACACGGGAUCACUCGAAAUGGUGUGUAGCCGAGAAUAUUAAGGAUACUUGGAUAUGCGUUGGUGAUAUCAAUCGAGCUGAGCAUCAACUGCUACGAGGCGGGGGAACCGUUUGCCAGUUGAAUAACAAAAUGUCUACAGCGUAUCGUAACCUGGUAUCUGAAAUAGAACCUUGUCCAAUACCAGUCAAAUGAUAAAUACUUUUAAAAAAUUUUAAAUAAGCGGAAAAUUGUAUAACAGAUAAUUUUAAGCACGAAUAAAAUAUAAUACUGCACUUUACAUACAA